UCGAGACUGAAAGCAAUGUCAGAGAUGCACCCGUUAAUGCAACGUGACAGCGCAGCUAGCAGAGCAGCAGCAGCAGCAGCAGCAAGAGCAGCGGCGGCAAUCGGAACAGCAGCAACAGCAACAGCAACAGCAACGAAAUUAACGACGACGAGUAGCAGUAAAUGUAACAACAAUAACAACAACAGCUUAACACUAACUAUAAUGCGCCCAGCAACAAAAACAAACUCCAAAUUUCACAAACGCCGACGAAAGCGACAGCGGAGUGAACAGUGCAGCAACAACAGCAACAACAGCAACAGCAGCAGCAACAGCUGCAGCAACAGCAGCACAGCAACAACAGCAACAACAGCAAUCCGUAGAAGAUGUAGCAUCCCAUAUCUAAGCAGAACUGGCGCCUAUCUGACGCUUCUACUGCUAACUACAACAUGUUCCUUGUGCGCUGUUACCGCCGCAUCCACAGCCUCCGCCUCCGCCUCCACAUCCACAGCCUCUAGUGCUGCCACCGCAGCUGCCGCACCCGCCUCUGCCACGAGCAGCAGCGGCAGCAUUGGCGGCUUUGUGCCGCCCAGUUCGCCCUGCGCGCCGCAGCAUUGGUGGGAUCAGGUGCAGGACAAGUGCAUGCCUUGCACCAGCUGCCAGGGCGAGAUGAUACCGCUGCGUCCCUGCCAGCUGCACAUCGACACCGUUUGCCGCUCCAUCUACGAGCUGAAGAUCGACUGGGUGGUGCUGGCCAAGACGGAGCCCAACUGGAAGGAGCGCCGAAAGUCAUCGGAAUAUGAGCAUUUCGAUCAGCCAACGCCGCUGCAGCACUUGACCCACGAGCAGCUGCAGCAGCUGCACGAGGAGGCAGCCGCUGCACUGCCCCUCGACUGGCAGACGGGCGCCCUCUUCAUAGCGGUGCUCGCCUGCCUGCUCUUCUUCUCGGUCGCCGCCUGCAUACUCAUCCAUCACAUGCGCCAAUGGCGCCGCAUGGAGCGCCGACUGGACCAAGAUGUGGAAGAGUUGUCCACGAAGCUAAUGGCCAAGCUGGCCGAGGUGCAGAGCCUGGACGGUGGCACCUUCUUCAUAGGCAAUGCGGAUGCCCUGCGCGGACUGCCCGCCUCGGCAAUGACGGCCGCCUCGGCGGCAGCGUCCGCUGCGCAGUCGAGCCUCUUUCAGCCGCAACAUGUGCUGCUGCCUGUGGAGAAACAUACCAAGCAUCAGGAGCGAAGGAUUCUGAAGACCCUGCAGCCGGGCAAUGUGUAUAUCGAGGAGAAUCAAGGACUCGGCGCUGGCGUCUUGGCCAACUCGAAGGGCUGAACGGGCAGCCUGCUGAUGACCACUUAAGUGUACGUUAAAGUCAAGUAACACUGUACCACUGUAACAGCAACAGCAGCAGCAACUGAGGCGGCAGCAACUACUUUGUAUUAAGUCAACGCCGCUCAUGGGAGCUCGAGAACUUGCAAAAUUGGAUU